AUGGGCAAAUUCUGUCCCGAGCUUGAUCGUGAACUCUACCGAGCCCGACUAAGCAAAGAGAAGCUUACAGAUCUGGACAAGCGAGCACACAGGUUGCAAUCGCGAGCUGUACGAAAUCGGGUAUUCGAGGCUUCAGAGUCCAAAUGGGAAGCAGAUGCAUGGCGCGACGUAUUCAGCUUGAUCAGGGACGAUGACACAUUCGAAAUGUUGGACAAGCGACCAUACGAGUUUAUCGAAGAAGACGCAGAUAACAAAUGGUCUUUCAAAAGACGUAUACCUGAUGCUACAAUAGGACUGAGGACCUAUGAUGCCUCAAAUCUCAAGCAUGGUUACGUAUGCGAAGUGGAUAGUUGUACAGCUAACCACGACAGCAUGCAGCCCAACAAAUCUCUACUAGAUACCCGUAUCGAUCUUCAGAUGCAUAACAGGCAAUGCGGAUUGAUAGUUGAUGGGCUAUGGGGUGAAUCAAACCUUAUAUUUCCGUUCGCUGUAUACGAAGCAAAGAAAUGUGCAUCUGCUUGGGAGCAAGCGGAGGAUCAGGUUUACCAUGCUUUCCAGGUCUACCUAGCCAUGCUUGAUGACCUGGCUCGAGACCCCUCGGACGUCACAAGAUAUCAGUGCAAAGAGAGUGAGGACUACCAACUCUUUGGCUUUACCUCUUGUGGGUCAUCCUGGAGAGUCUACAUAGCAUGGUAUUACUUGGAUGGAUGUCACGCGGAAACUAUAUGGGCUGGCGAUGUCACAGACUUCAUGCUGGCGUAUGAGCUCAUCUGUCUCGUCGAUCAAAUCCAUGAUUUCGCUGCCAACCAGCAUCGCAAAUUCGUCAUCAAACAUCUUGAAAGAUGGCUCAUACAUUCCGAGGAACACGAUCCGCUAGUGCAUCAGACAAACGACAUUUCAGAUCUAGCUGAUCCGGAAUGGUUGGAGAUCAAAGAAGCAUGGAAAGAAGCCAGAAAUGCCAAAGCUGCCAGAACUCGUUUGCGGAAUAGACUCAAGAUAUCAGACAAUGCUCUCAAUCGCCAUUCAAAAACACCGCAAAAAGCUAAGAUGACCAAAGUGUCGAGUAAGGUUCAGAUCCAGAACAAGCGUACCCGUGGUCAUCAACCGAAGACGGUGAAUGAUUCGGAACCAAAGCGGCCCCGUGGGCGACCUAGGAAAUCCGCGAAAACGCCAGGAAGUCCACCAUCCAGGACUGCUACUAGAGAACCGCAAAAUCGCGCUUGA